CUAGGAGUUGAAACAUCUAAGAGUCGUGCAGGGAGGGGUUCUGUUAUGAAUGGGACACAUAAUCCUGCUGUGGGGGCCAAAUUAAGACCCCUUCAACUAAAUGGUGCUCAACCCCAUAAUGCUCUAAUGGCCAGACUAUAUAAUACUCCCCAGGACUCUGGUGUUCUCAAAGCUGUAAUGAAACCUCCUCAGAAGCGACAACUGCCAAAAUUGCCUGGAUCACCAGAGAUGAUUCCCAAGCCUCCUUCUGGUCCAGGUUCUCCUACUAAUGUUUUCCGCACUACUAUGCUAAAGAAAGAUUAUGAAAGACGCAAAGUGCAGAAGAAGGCCCGCAUCCAUCGAUUAGGGAGCUCAGAUAGUCAGAGAACACUUAGUGUUUCAAUGCUGCAGCGUAACCCAGUCAAGGAUAAUAAUAUGUCAGAAGCAGACUCUCAUUCCGAUAUAGACUUUGAUGACCUUGGAUCUGUUUCUUCUAUUACUUCAAAACUAGACCAGGACUUGGAGAAAUCAGGGAGUGUUGUAUCUGCAUUAGAUACACAAGAUAAUGAGAUCAAUGGUGAGAAAACAAGAACUUCAAAGAUCACUGGUGAGAAUAUCCCCCAGGGUCACUCCCCUACUGAGCUCCCUACCCCCACACCUCCCUCCCCUACCCUCACAAAUGUAUCUAAAGCCUCACGUGUGAAAUCAGCGACCUAUGGCACUAGAAAAGUUGACCCAGAUUUAGUCCUAACAUACAAGAAGAAGAACAUUUAUGAUGAUACAGUACCUGAUGAUGAUAGAUUCAUUGAGCAUAUACUGAGUAUGCGUGCCAACCUUAAGUGGAGCACAGAGAUCCCACGUCAUGGGCCUGGUAGCAGGGAAGCUAUAGAUGCGCUUAUAGACGAAGCUGCCAACCCUAAAGAGGGUCUUAAUACACAGCAGGAUGAUGGUCAGUUUGUGUAUGCUUUACUACGUCACCGUAACAACACACGUGCACGCUAUGAUCCCUAUGACCUUGAGGUUGUGUCAGCACAUGUUGCCAGGGCAGCCCCAGUCUAUUUCACAGGCAGUGCCUCCACAAUUACAAAGUGUAUACAGCUGCCAGGAGGAGGGGAAGACUCUACAGCUGUUAGUACUGUACAGUGGCUCUGGGAAAGGCGUCUUUUCUACAUGAUUUUCAAUAUGAAAAUAUUUAGUCAGUUUAGGAUCUGGAAGGGUUUCAGAUGUUGGUUUGCUAAUGUACGCAACCAGAAGAACACCAGUAGUAGGGUGAUACUGACCAAGAAACUGUUUGCUGCCAAUGAGGUGCUGCAGGGUUGUAUGAUGCAUAUAAGAAACAUGUGUGAAGCCGCCUCUGGCAGUUUAUCAGGUGUAGGGGCUGGAGAUGAUGCCAUCACCCUUGUUAACCUGAAUCGCCAGAAAACCUUCAGUCUACCUGAGUUUCUAAAUAUGCAGAGAGAGCAGGGACAUCAUGCUCUUAAACAACUCAAUGCACUGAGGGAUAAAAUUGUAGCUCUUGUAUGGGAAUCUUGUGCAACUGUGGCAGAGAUGGAGGGCAUCACACAUGGUAUCAGAGCUGAUAAAAAGUCAAAGAAGAUCAAGUUCAAACAACCUGACCCUGAGAGUUUGGCUAAGAAAUACAAAAAUCUCAAUUCAAAACAUGUUGAUAUGCCUAAACUACCAGAUAGGAAGAUUCGAUAUGAUCGACCAACAUAUGCUCAGAUAGCAGAAUGGAGAAAAAUUCUUGAAAGACUGUCAUUCUUCCUGAAAUCGGUGGAUUACAUGAUGCUAGAACUGUUACGACGUCUGGUGGUCACUGCCUCUCAAAACCUGCUCAACCAUAUAAUGGCAUCCUUUGAAGCUGGCAACAAUCUGGCUGAAGAAGAUGAGGAGGAGUUUAGUGAUUCUGACUAUACAGACUCUGAGGUUGAUCCAAACAGUCCAUUUGGGAAACAAUCCUCUAGAACCAAGUACUCCAAAUAUGAUUCUGAUAGCCCUACAUCCAAGGCAAAGUCUAAGCUCAGGAUGCAAAAAAAGUCAUAUGUGAUACCACAGUACAACUGGAGCAGAGUUUCUACAGCACAGGAUGGCUUUACAGACAUUGACAGGAUCUUGGAUGACAUAAAGCAGAUGGAGCAUAUUGAGGUUAUCCCUGAGGCUGUAAUCUGCCUUGAAUUGGUGCUGAAUGUACCAGCUGGUGAGCCCCCUCCCACUCCUGGCACACCUAUGCAAGUAGAUAUUGCUGAUACAUCAGAUGAAGAUGAGGGUGAUGGGCAUGGUGUUAAGAAAAGUGUCAGGUUCCCAAAUGAACCAGAAAUGUCAGAAAGUGAAGAUUCAGAAGAUGGUAGCUCACAGUCUGAGAGUGAUGAAGAAUCUGUCACUGAGAGCCAAGAAAAACUUAACAGAUUUGCAUAUCCAGUUAACUCAACGACUAAGUCAAAUUCAGCUCACUCAGCACAUAACCAGAACCGCACGUACAUCACACUAGAGCCAGGAGAGAGCAACAUCAAAAACAGCGUUAGAGGAAUCAUAUCUGGUUUUGAAAAUACUGUUGGUCAAGUGACAUCUAUGCUUCGUGAGCCGAAACUUGCCGUGUUCUACUCGCCACCAAAGUAUGAUCUGAAGCUAAACUUUGAUGAAGAGGAAGAUGAGGAGAAAAAGUUGAACAUGAGACCAUGGCCUGACACUGAGAGCCUGUUUGGUGAAGACCCAGCAUACCAAGCCCUAGUGGGGGAGAUAUGCACAUACACUGAUGCAGCUGUUGCUCAAGUAGUUGAAUAUACUGAGAGGUUUAACCAGUACUGUCAGAUGGUAGAUAGGUCUAGGAGGGUAGAUGUAGUGAACUCAAUGUCAAAGAGACCAUGGAGCACUGAAGAGUUUUUCCAUGUACUAGAAAAACAUACAGAAAUGAAAAGUAGUAUGGGAAUGAUGGAAACAGAAAAGCGUGUCAGUAUGAUCUUUGUGCAGAGUAGUGGAUUCAAGGAUUCCUGUUUGCCAUACCCUAAGCAAGUCGUUGAUGCAGUACAUUAUAAGAUGCCUAUCAUUGCUAACCAGCGCAAUGAUAACCUUCUCACCAUCAUAAAGGGAGCAUCAAAGAAGCUAGACACAUACCCAGAGUCUGUUGAAGAUUUUGUUGAGCAUUUAUCAUUCCUGAGUCGCAUGCAGAGUGAGAUGCCUGCCCUUGAUAAAGAGUUUGCCAUUGUAACGAAGCUGUUCACUAUCGCCCAAGAGUUCCAUGUUGCUCUGGAGCCUGAGGAGUUUGCACUGUAUCAGACCCUGGCUCCAAGCUUUCAGCAUCUCAAAUCUACAAUAUUAUUCUGUGAUGCUAAGAAAGAUGAAAACAUUCAGAAAUUCAGUAAAGAUCUCGAUACUUUGGUCUAUGAGAUCCGUCACAAAAUUGAUGAUCUCCGGAACCGUGUACGUGAUCCUAUUCUCCUUAGUGAUGACACUUUGGCCACUGUGGCCUUGGAGAACAUUAAAUACAUCACUGAUGAAGUGAAUGACUUGUCCAAUAAAGCUAAGAGUUACGCAUCGUACCAGGAUAGAUUUGGAAGCUCUUUAUCAGCUGGAAAGAAAAUGGAUGAGUACACUCUGUUGGAUCGUAGAGAUGAAAGCCUAAGUGCGGCUGCGGUUCAAGCUGAACUGUCUGAGAUUGAGAGAGACUUGACUCUGAGACGUCUUUUAUGGGAAUCUCAAGAGGAGUGGAUAAUGUUAGUGGAUGAAUGGACCUCCACACCAUUUGAGAAGUUGAAUGUAGAUAGUUUGCAGAAGGGAGUGAAUAGAUACAUACAGACUGUGUAUAUGUUGGAGAAAGGUUUGCCUCACAAUGAAGUUGUGCCAAAGUUAAAGAACCGUGUCUUUGACUUCAAACAAGGCAUGCCAGUAAUAGUCUCUCUACGCAACCCAUCACUCAGGCCCCGGCAUUGGAGCAAGAUUGAGGAAGUCAUUGGAAAGGAGAUUCAACGUGGUAACAAAUUUACCCUUGGCAAGCUGCUUGAGAUGGCUAUAUUCCAGCAUAAAGAUAAGAUACAGGAUAUAUCUACAACUGCUAGUAAUGAGGCAACGUUAGAGAUUAUGUUGCAAAAGGUCAUUGAUCUGUGGCAAAAUACUGACUUCCGAUUGGUUGCUCAUCAAGGUCGUGAUACUUACAUCAUCGCAGGUGCCGAUGAUCUUAUGGCCCAACUCGAAGAAAGUCAAGUUACCAUAGCAACAAUUCGAGGAUCACGUUAUGUGACACCCAUAAAAGGAAAUGUUGAAGAAUGGGAAAGAAAGUUGACAUUAUUUGCGAGGACUUUAGAUGAGUGGAUGACAUGUCAAAGAAAUUGGCUCUAUCUUGAGCAGAUAUUUUCUACUCCAGACAUCCAGAGGCAACUCCCUUCUGAAGCCAAGAUGUUUGCAUCAGUAGACAAGUCACUUAAGGAUAUCAUGCGAAAGACAGAGGAUCGACCCAAUGCUCUGAAGGCAGCCACUGCAGCAGGGGUUCUAGAGAUGUUGCAGGCCGCUAACGCAAACCUUGAAAAGAUACAGAAAUGCUUAGAGGACUACUUGGAGACAAAGCGCCUUGUGUUCCCAAGGUUUUAUUUCCUCAGUAAUGAUGACUUACUAGAUAUAUUGGCCCAGUCUAAGAACCCAGAAGCUGUACAGCCUCACCUAGGGAAAUGUUUUGGAAACAUCAAGAUGUUGGACAUCAGGCAGAUUCCUCGCCAGCCCCCUACUGUGAAGAACAUGAUAUCUGAAGAGGGGGAGGUGGUUGCAAUGCCAAAGAAUGUACGUGCCAGAGGUCCUGUAGAACAAUGGUUAGGUAGUGUUGAGACAGGGAUGUUUGACACCGUGAAACGUCACCUCAAACUUGGACUUAAUGAUUGGUUAGGCUUAAGACAUGAAGAAUGGGUACUGAAGCACCCUGGACAAGUUGUACUAACAGUGGCCCAGAUAAUGUUUAACAAGGAUGUUAUGGCAUGCUUUGCCCACCCAGAGCCAAGGAUUCAACUGGCUCAUAUGCGAGACAUGAUGGUGAACACACUCAACACCCUAGCAGGCCUUGUGUCAACUAACCUCAUUUCAUACCACAGACUCAGCAUAGAGGCCCUUCUUACUAUAGAUGUACACAAUAGAGACAUUCUCAAUGACAUGAUUGAGAGUAAGGUCUCCAAAAAGGAUGACUUUGAAUGGACUAAGCAACUACGCUAUGAGUGGGAUGAACAAACCAACAACUGUAAUGUGAUGCAGUCUAAUGCAUCAUUCACUUAUGGCUAUGAGUACUUGGGUUGCUCCCCCAGACUAGUCAUUACACCCCUAACUGAUAGAUGCUACCUAACAUUGACUGGUGCUCUGCACCUUCAUCUAGGAGGCUCCCCUGCUGGACCUGCUGGCACUGGGAAAACAGAAACUGUCAAAGAUCUUGCAAAGGCUAUGGGAAAACAAUGUGUUGUGUUCAACUGCUCUGAAGGCCUUGACUUCAAAACUCUUGGGAAGUUCUUCUCUGGGCUGGCACAGUCUGGUAGCUGGUGCUGCUUUGAUGAGUUUAACAGGAUAGAUGUGGAGGUCUUGUCAGUUGUGGCACAACAAAUACACACCAUUAAGGCAGCUAAAGAUUUGAAGCACCCUAGGUUUGUCUUUGAAGGCAGGGAUAUAAGACUGAAUAUGACUUGUGGAUUCUUCAUUACUAUGAACCCAAGUUACGCUGGACGAGUGGAACUCCCUGAUAAUCUGAAGUCAUUGUUCAGACCAGUAGCUAUGAUGGUGCCAGAUUAUGCUCGUAUAUCUGAGAUAAUGUUGUUCUCUAAUGGCUUCAUAGCAGCUAAGUCUCUCUCACGUAAACUGGUGAAUCUGUACCAGCUGGCUAGCAAGCAGCUCUCUCAACAGGAUCAUUAUGAUUUUGGUAUGCGUGCCAUCAAGUCUGUGCUAGACAUGGCAGGACAGGGCAAAAGACAAGCAGUUCUCAGCAUGCCACUAGAGAAAGCUAGAGACAUGUCAGAGGAGGAUGAAUCUUAUAUCCUCAUCCAUUCUCUACGUAAUGCCAACAUGCCAAAGUUUCUGGCUGAAGAUGUUCCCUUGUUUGAGGGUAUUAUGCAGGAUCUCUUUCCAGGGAUUAUACCCCCUCAACAGGACCUUGGAGUACUAGAGAAAGCUAUAUCUAUGGCGAUUAGAGAUCUAAAUCUUCAACACUGGGCCAACCAGAUAGAGAAAGUAAAGCAAUUACAUCAACAACUCCUAGUUCGUCAUGGGGUCAUGCUGGUGGGACCAACAGGUGGUGGUAAGACCAUGGUACGCAGUAUAUUACAGAAGACACUUGUGUUACUACCCACAAUUUCAAUGGAUGACCCAGGGGCACAAACUGUUGGUCCUGAUGGCAAAAGGCAGAGCAUAUUUGUGCAUAAUCGCAACAAAAAAGGACAUGUAGACAUAUUUGCAAUCAAUCCAAAAUGUGUGAAACUUGGAGAACUCUAUGGUGAAACCGACCCCAAUACAUUUGAAUGGUCCGAUGGAUUGAUCGCUAAUGCGGUUCGCAAAUUCUCUCGUGAGUUAGGUGGCGCUUCAGUUGAUGAUUAUCGACCAGCAACUUCUGGGGGACACAGGCCCUCAACACAAGGUUCUGGGGCAGCAUCAUCUUUAGGUGGACCUAGUGAGAGUGUACAUAGUGAGGAGGAACGACCCCUUAGUUCUGUCCCUCCUGCCACCCCUGUAGGGACCACUGAUGACCAGGAAUCUGAGAUACAAGUAGCAGAGGAGGUCAAUGAUGCUAUUCCAACCAACUGGAGAUGGAUAGUUCUUGAUGGUCCAGUUGAUACACUUUGGGUAGAGAACUUGAAUACAGUGCUAGAUGACACCAAGGUACUCUGUUUGGCUAAUGGGGAGCGUAUCGGUUUAGCCAGGGGUAUGAGAAUGUUGUUUGAGGUUGAUAAUCUCUCACAAGCUAGUCCUGCUACCAUAUCUAGGUGUGCCAUGGUAUACAUGGACCCCAUAGAUCUUGGUUGGAGACCUUAUGUAAAGACAUGGGUAUCCAGACUGCCAAAGGAGAUGCCUGAGAGUGGCAAGAGACACCUCCAAGCCCUGUUUGAUCACAGCAUAGAUAAAGGCCUGGCUUUUGUGAAGAAUCACCAGAAAUACCAACUGAUCUCUGCCCCUGAACAAAGCAUGGUGAUGAUGCUCUGUUCUAUUAUGUCAGCUUUCUUUGAUUUCCUUGGGAAACAUGGAGGCUUUGGCAAUCCUGACCCAGAACCAGACAAGAGACCAGGAAGUGCUGAAAGUGGGCAAACUUCAAAUUCCCGCAGCUCAUCCCGUACCCACAAUUCUUCUAAAACGCCUACAUCAAGGCAGCGUAAAAGGUCACGGAAGUCAACUCGGCGUGAACAAAAACUCAAAGAAGAAAUGGAAGCAGCUGCGGAAAAAGCUAAACUAAAAGCACAAGGAGGCAAGAAUUAUUACCUACAGAAGAAUCCAGCUCUUUUGACCCAUCUGCUUGGAAAGCUGUUUGUCUUUGCCUUCACCUGGGCCUUUGGAGGCAACUUUAAGCACGAAGAUGAGUAUGAUGAAGAUACAUCUAUACGGCAACGUACCAACAAGGAACCCCAGAUGAACAUCACCAAUGACUUUGACCACCUUGUACAUGAGAUGUUUGAUAUUGAACCUCCACUAGGUGUGCGCUUACCUGCCAGCAGCCGAACCAUCUACAGCUUCUUUGUUGACAUGGACUCUGGAAACUUCAUAGCUUGGGACAACUUGGUCCCUACUACACAGUCCCUUAUAGAUAAGGGGGCCACCAUCACCAUUGGAGAUGCCAUGGGGGUUAGUUCUGGGGGCCCCCAAAAGAGGUCAGCAUCAGCUGAUGCUGAUAUAGUUGCAACAGUGGAUAAUGUGAGGUAUUCGUUCAUAAUGGGGCUGUUGGCACUGAACAAGAAUCCUGUACUGUUGACAGGUGACUCUGGUGUUGGUAAAUCAUCUAUUAUCACAAGUCUACUGAGUAAGCUUUGCAAAGAGAAUGGGACAUCCCUGAAACAGGGAACAAUACUAGGCAAUGUGCUGAACUACAUGGACAAGAACAAGGCCAUCAUGGAGAAUAUCAGCUCCCUUGCUAAGUUUGCACAGGCUGAUGAUGACGAUGCUAGUAAUAUUGACUUGUUGAUGGGUGCUGCAAAGACAAAGCACCAGACAGGCAUUGUGAGCACAAUGUUACAGUUCAGUGCACAGACAGCUGCCAUCAGACUUCAACUACAACUGACCCUUAAACUCAUCAAGAAGGGGAAAGAUGUCCUGGGUGCACCCAAGGGCAAAAAGGUGCUGAUAUUUCUGGAUGACAUGAACAUGCCAGCACCAGAGCAGUAUGGGGCACAACCUCCCUUGGAGCUCCUGCGCCAGUUCCUUGACCUUGGUGGAUUCUAUGACACAACAAAACUCUCCUGGAAGGAGGUACUUGAUGUGACUCCCAUAGCUGCAUGUGGUCCCCCUGGUGGUGGACGCAAUGUUCUCAGUCCUCGAUUGUUGAAGCAUUUCUGCAUAUUGUCCUUACCCCAACCAUCAACAAGAUCUCUACAGCAUAUAUAUCAGGUCCAGUUAGGAAGAUACUUUGCUGAUGGAGACUUUAUGCCAGAUGUAAAAGAGGCACUGUUUAGUGUUGUGUCAGCCAGUAUUGCCAUCUAUUACCGCAUGUGUAACGCCAUGAGACCAACCCCAGCAAAAUCACAUUAUACAUUCAAUAUAAGAGACUGUUCAAAGGUAAUCCAAGGCAUGCUGCAGGCACAUGAGGAGGUGAUUGUAGGCAGGGAGACUGUAGCACAGUUGUAUUGUCACGAGGCAACCAGAGUCUUCCAUGAUAGACUCGUCAGUGCUGAGGACAGACGAAUAUUUUACCAGUUUCUCUCAGAUGUUUCUCAUGAUUAUUUCAAAGUGAAGUGGACCCCUGAGCAAAUGAUGGAGGACCGUGUUAUAUUUGGUGACUUUAUUGAUAUGGCUGAGGCAGAGGAGGAUAGGAUCUAUAAACCCAUAGGAGACAUGGACAAACUGGCUACCAUAUUGGAGGAGUACCAGAUCAGAAAAGAUAUGACUGGCUCGCAGUCAUCAAGGGUGGUUUACUUCAGAGAUGCUGUGGACCACAUUACUAGGGCAGCUAGGGUGUUUAGGCAACCUGGAGGUCACAUGUUAUUGGUUGGUCUUGAUGGAACUGGCAAGAGAACAGCUGUGCAGCUAGCAUGUACAAUAGCUGACUGUGAAUUGUUCAAGCUGACCCUAUCCAGAGGCUACAACAUGCAAGACUUCCAUGAUGACCUCAAGAGCAUUUACAGACUGGCAGGGGUUAAGGGAUUAAACACAGUGUUCUUGCUCAAUGAUGGGGAUAUUGUACAGGAGGCAUUUCUCGAAGACAUCAACUGUAUUCUAAACUCUGGUGAUGUCCCUGACUUGUUUGAUAAUGAGGAAAUGGAUGGAAUAGCAAUGGAGCUACGUCCUGCAGCGACACAGGCUGAGGUACCAGACACCAGGGUAGCUGUGCAUCAAUUCUUUAUACAGAGGGUGCGCAAUAAUCUGCACGUGGUUCUGACCAUGAGCCCUGCAGGAAGUAAGUUCCGUCAACGUUGCCGCAUGAACCCCGCCUUGAUCAGUUGCUGUACUAUAGACUGGUAUGAUGAGUGGUCAGAGGAGGCCAUGCUCUCAGUCGCCAAGGUCUACUUUGAGAAUGUGGAGUUUCAGACUUCAAGAGAACAUGAUGUCACUCAAGUGAAGAUAGAUGUUGCAAAAGUUUGUGUUGAUAUACAUAAUAGCAUUGGUGAAACAGCUACUAGGUUCUGGGAGGAGAUGAGACGCCGUUACUACACCACACCUAGCAGCUAUAUGGAGCUGAUCAAAAUCUACACCAACAUGUUGAGAGAUAAUAGAAAGGAACUCAUGGAUAAUAGGCAUCGGUUGCUAGUUGGGCUCUCUAAGCUGUCUGAGGCCAACUCCCUUGUGGGCACAAUGCAGGAAGAACUUGUCAACCUUGGACCCAAGAUAGAAGAGAAAGCAAAGGACACUGAAGUUCUACUAAAACAACUGUCCAAAGACCAAGAAGCUGUUGACCAGGUCAGAGAUAUAGUGGAGCAGGAAGAAAGUGUCAUGAAGAAAGAAACUGAGAUUGUACAAGAUUACGCUGAUGAGUGUCAGCGUGAUCUUGCCAGUGUACUUCCUGCUGUACAGAUGGCCAUAGAAUCCUUAGAUUCCCUUGACAAGGCUGAUAUCUCUGAGAUAAGGGUGUACCAGAACCCACCUAUAUUGGUAAUAAGUGUGAUGUCAGCUGUAUGCACUCUACUACAGCAGAAAACAGACUGGGGCACUGCUAAACAAGUACUUGGAGAUCAGGGAUUUCUCAAAAAACUCAUCAACUUUGAUAAGAAUUCUGUACCAGAAAAGGUAUUCUUCAAGCUAAAGAAGUUCACUAAGAAUGAAGACUUCAGUCCAGAGAAGGUUGGGACAGUGUCUGUGGCAUGCAGGUCCAUGUGUCAGUGGGUGUUAGCCUUGGAGCAUUACCAUGAGGUCUACAAGAUGGCUAAGCCAAAACAAAAAAGAGUGGAAGAGGCCAGAGAUGCUCUGAAACUUGCCCAAGACAACUUGGCUCAGAAACAAGCCAGCCUGGCUAAGAUUACGGAACAUCUACAGUUACUUCAGCAGCAGUACCAGGACAGUGUCAACCAGAGAGAGUCCUUGAAAGAGCGCAAGAAAUUGACAGGCAUGCGCCUUGAGAGGGCGUCAGUGCUUAUCACUGCUUUGUCAGAUGAGAAGGUUCGAUGGGCUGAGUCGGUAGAUGAUCUAGACUUCAAACUCCAAGGCCUGGUAGGGGAUACUCUGGUAUCAUCAGGGACUGUGGCAUACCUUGGUGCAUUUACUGCAGCUUACAGAAAAGAGAUGAUGGAAAGUUGGGUGACACUUUGUAGGGAGAAACAGAUACCAAUCAGCAAGGAAUAUGAUUAUAUUAAACAUAUGGUCAGCCCUAACCAGGUUCUGAAGUGGCAGACUGAAGGGCUUCCCCAAGAUGGCCACUCUACAGAGAAUGCAAUAAUUGUGAAGCGUGCAAGACGUUAUCCACUGUUAAUAGAUCCCCAGGGACAGGCUAAGAAGUGGAUUAAAGAGAUGGAAGGUUCUAAGCUGAAGGUGCUCCAGGCCUCAGAUCCCAAGUAUAUGCAGACAAUGGAGAGGGCUAUCAGGGUAGGAGAGCCUGUACUCCUUGAGGAUGUUACUGAGCACCUAGACCCGUCACUAACUCCCAUCCUUGAGAUGCAGACAUUCCAACGUGGUGGAGGUGACAUCAUCAAAUUAGGCGAUACAGAGAUAGAAUUCAAUCAUAAUUUCAAACUGUAUAUGACCAAUUCUAUGGGGAAUCCACACUACCUGCCUGCUGUCUGUAUUCAGGUGACCAUCAUCAACUUCACUGUCACAUUUGAUGGUCUACAGGAGCAACUGCUAUCUGCAGUAGUGAGACAAGAAAGACCUAAACUGGAGCAAGAACGAAGUAUUCUGUUGGAGAGUAUAGCUAAUGACCUACAGUUACUCAGGGACCUUGAGGAUAAAUCAUUAGAGCUAUUGCAGAAAACUGAAGGCCAUAUUCUAGAUGACCAAGUAUUGGUCCAAACCCUACAAAGGAGUAAGGUGAUGUCUGGGGAGAUCCACAAGCGUGUGCACCAAUCAGAAGAGACUGAAAAGAAACUUAACAUAGCCAGGAAACGUUACCUUCCUGUUGCCACACGUGGAGCAGUGCUAUACUUUGUGAUAGCUGACCUGGCUAACAUAGACGUAAUGUACCAGUUCUCACUCCACUGGUUCCGUACCAUGUUCAGCUCAUGUAUUAGUGACCCCCUUGACUCUCAACCCCAGUCAGGAAGUAGCUCUCACCUCAGUGGAACUCUACGUCCCUCCUCGGCUAGAAGUAGUCCAGAACUUUCAUCAAAUCGUAUCCGGGAGUCUGCCAUGCGUGAAUCAAGUGCUGACCUUACUAAGCAUUUAACAGAGAUGAUUGACAGGUUGACUAUCACUGUAUAUAAGACUGUAUCAGUGGCACUGUUUGCCAACCAUCAACUACUAUUGUCACUAAUGCUAUGUGCUAACAUUAUGAGAGCUAUAGCUAAAUACACUACAGGAUAUGCAGGUAAACCUGGCAAAAUAACAGAGACUGAAUGGACAGUUUUCCUGCAAGGACCAAUCAUGUCUAAGAUGUUAGAUGAAUCUCAGUUAGAAGAACAUGAUGGUCUUACUCCAAUGCAGCGAUUAGAGCUCCAAUCCAGAGGUGGUGUGCCAGUCCCAAGGUUAACAUGGAUAGCUGACAAUAUGUGGCGUCAGUGUCAACACCUAGAGGUUUCCAUUGAUGUGUUCAAGGACCUCUGUAAGAGUAUCAUAAACAACAGGCCCCAAUGGGAGGCAUUUGGCUCCUCUGAUAGGCCUUACCAUCUGAUGGCUACAAAAUAUGAGAGGCCAGAAGGAGAGCUUCCUGACUUAGUGCCUGGCAUACAGACAACAGGAACCACAUUCCACUGGGAGAUUCUCAGCGACUUCCAACGUCUCCUCCUUAUCAAGAUUCUACGUCCUGAAAUGACAACAGCCACGAUUCGUAGCUUUGUUGAAGAACAAAUGGGAAGUCAGUUUGUAUCUGCUGGACACUUUGACCUUAAGGAGAUGUUUGAGAAAUCCACUGCUAAAACACCACUCAUCUUUAUCCUUUCACCAGGUUCUGAUCCUGGAGCCCAAUUGUUGCGUUUCGCUAAAGAUCUGCGGGGGUCUACACUUCACCUGGACAUGAUUUCUCUGGGGAGAGGACAGGGUCCCAAGGCUGAGGAACUGAUCAAUAAGGCUCAGAUAUUAAAGGGAAGGUGGCUGUUCCUACAGAAUUGCCACCUUGCAGCUUCAUGGAUGCAUCGCCUACAGGCUAUUGUUGAAAAGUUUAACAUGCCAAACUCAGAUGUGGAUCCCCAGUUCAGACUGUUUCUAAGUUCAAAGCCAGAUCCAUGUUUCCCUAUACCCAUACUGCAAACAGGUCUAAAGAUGACCGUUGAGGCUCCACAAGGACUCAAAGCAAAGCUACUCCAAGCAUUCAGUCCAGGUGGAGCUGGUUCCAUUAACGACAAGAUGUACGAUGAUGCUGAGCAAAAAGUGGGAUGGAAAAACCUCCUCUUUGGUCUCUGUAUAUUCAACGCUGUCAUCAAUGAGCGCAAGAAGUAUGGGCCCCUUGGAUGGAACAUACCAUAUGAGUUUAAUGACUCUGAUCUAGAGGUGUGUGUGCUGGUGCUAGGGAACUUGUUUGGUAAACAGGAGAACAUUCCCUGGGCUGCCCUGAAGUACCUGACUGGAGAAGUGUCCUAUGGUGGAAGAGUUACAGAUGACUGGGACAGGAGGACACUUCACAGCAUGCUCAACAAGUUCUACUGCCCUGCUGCACUUGAGCCUGAUUAUAGCUAUUCACCUGAUGGGAUCUACCACCCUCUUCCCCAAACAUUCAGCUUCUCAGACACACGGAUGUAUGUUGAGGGUCUACCAAACUCUGAUUCUCCAGAGCUGUUUGGUAUGACAGAGAACUCAGAGAAGGCCUACUUAGAAGCACAGAGCUUCCAGUUAAUUGAUACUUUAGUUAGCAUACAACCUAGGCUAACUCAAUCUAUCAUGAGAUCUGGAGGAAAAAGCAGUGAUACUGUGGUCCUAGAUAUGGUGUUAGACAUUUUACGAACUCUGCCAGAGAUAGUUGAAUAUGGAGAGAAUGAGCAAGGGAGACCAAGAAGAACAAUUUCCAAAGCUGUGAAGGAAUUUUCCACCAAUGAUAAAGAGAAUGCUCAAACAAGCAAAGAGAGCAAACCAUUGCUCAACUCAGCACUAGUGAUAGUGCUGAGGCAGGAGAUAGACAGGUUCAAUUUGCUGCUGGGAGUCAUACACAAGUCAUUAAAGGCCCUCACUCUAGCUAUUAAGGGAGAGAUUGUCAUGUCAGAUGAACUGGAGGAAGCAUAUAAUGCUAUGCUCAAACAAAGGGUCCCAGCUAGAUGGAAGCAAAUGUCCUAUGAGUCAUGUAAGCCUCUCUUCCCAUGGGUAAAAGACCUGGUUCAGAGAGUAGACAUGUUCUAUAAUUGGUCGGAACUCGUCAUCAACGCUUUAGAAAGACCAGCCAAUCAGAAGGCAGCAGCGAAGACAGUAACAGACCCUGAUGAACUUGAUAAAUUACGUGAUCAACCCCGUAGUUUCUGGCUACCUGGUUUCUUCUUCCCACAAGGUUUCCUGACUGGGGUGUUACAAAACCAUGCAAGGAAAAUGGGUGUCUCUGUAGAUUCUCUUUCAUUUAACUUUGAGGUGAUGUCACACAAGCUGGAAGGGGAUGAGGAUAGUUUGAAUGAAGUCAAGAAGGGACUUGAUGUCCAGAAGUUAGCAUUUAAGGGUUCUGCUCCUCCUGAUGAUGGUGUCUUAGUGUUUGGUCUCUACAUAGAUGGCGCAAGGUGGGAUGUGUCAUCACACUCCUUACAAGAUUCUCUACCUGGCCAGCGAUAUUGUAGACUUCCUGAAAUACACUUCUUGCCAGUCCAGAUUAACACAGAUCCAGUUCUGCCUACACCCAUGAAUAAGGAAAGAGAAAAUAAACCUGCGGAGUCUCCUAAAGAUGACUCUGGAGUUACCUCAGUUAAAGCCUAUGAGAGCCCUCUAUACAGGACAUCAACACGUGCUGGAACUCUUUCUUCAGCUGGCCACUCAACAAACUUUGUCACAGCUGUUGAAUUACCAACAAUACAUGACCCUGCAUUCUGGGGGUACACUGUGAGAAUGGCAGCAGACCCAGGGAAAAAAGAAAUCAUAAAUGCAAUUGAGGACCUUGCAAAGGUCAUAGAAGAAACACUUGAAAAAGUAAAGGCAUUUGAAAAUGAAUCAGUAGAUGAUUUUGUAGAGAACAAACAGGGUAACCUACUGCCUCCUCUAGUGAAAUAUGCAGAAUGUUUUAAAGCAUUAGGUGUGAAAACAAGACAACAACUAGAUACAUUAGUCAAACAGCAUUUUAAGUAA